UGUUUAAUUAUUCAUUACGGUUGUGUAGUUUAUCAAGAAGUAUUUGUUUAAAAGCAAAUAAUAAUAAAUCUAACAGAAAUAGAAGAAUAAUAGUAAUUUGUACUCGAAGUUCUAAAGAGAGCGUAGAGAUUAGUGUCGAAAGAAAAAUCGGAAAAAAAUGUUAUUAAAAAAAUAGAGAAUUCAAGAAAAGAAUAGUUUAAUUUAAGAGAUUUUUAACUAAACAUGGAUACUAUGGAUGCAUCUGUUAUUGGUGGCGCCGUUGUUGGUCUCUUAUGCGCCAUUUUGGUUGUCAUGUUCAUUGUCUAUCGCAUGAGAAAAAAGGAUGAGGGUUCCUAUGCUCUCGAUGAACCCAAACGAUCACCUGCUAUGAAUUCCUAUGCGAAAAAUGCAACAAAUCGAGAAUUUUAUGCCUGAGAUAAUGCAGAACGACGUUAUUAAAAGAAUUUAAUACAAAUACAAAUAAUUAACUAAUAUAAUAACAACAACAACAAAACACAAUAUGUAUAACAAAUUAAAAUAAUAAUAACAAAAAAAAA